AUGUCUCCCACCCCAGAAGAUGUAGUUCAGGUCACUCUCUACCAGGCUCCUUCCGAUAUCCACGGCAUCUUAAUGGCCAAGGACGAGAUCAUCGCCAAGUUGAUGGCGGACCUCGCCCAGGCGAAUGCAGACAAGGAAGACCUUCAAGCUCAAAUCACGCAAGAGGAGGAGGACAACGUUAUUCUACAUAAUACCAUCGAUGACCAAGACGUUGAGAUCGUUGGCUUAACUUCCAACGACACCCGCAAUAGGAAACAAAUCACAGAUCUACUCUAUGAUCGACGUGUCUGCUACAACAACAUCGAUGACCAAGCGUAUGAGAUUGGUGAGUUGAAGGCCGAAGUCUCCAGACAGAACAGGAGGCUCGACGACCAAGAAAGAAAGAUUGAAGAACUGGAGGCUGAACGAAACAUCUAUGAGAGGGUCAGCGAUGAAGAUAAUGCCUCGAGAAGCUCUGACUCUUCUUGCACGGAUUAUGACUUGAUGGAUCUCACGAGCGAUGAAGAGGAAGAAGAAGAGGACAUCAACCAAGACAACGACAUUUCUUCCACUACAGGCAACAAUGGUUCGGACAACUCCAGCGCAGCCGGUAUCAAGUCAGAGGGCGAGGCUAUGGAUCACAACUAG